CAAAGGGGGUCCCCCCCGCCCUACUGUUCCGGGCUUACAGUCCUUGCCCAUCUGUAGCUGUUGAUCGGGUUCUGUUCUUCCCUGUUUAAUGAUCCAGCUCUUCAUAGCUGUCUCACUGACCUCAACUGUCAGUCAUGCUUUUGUGGUUUUGAAAUUAUUUCUACUCUUAUUUUAGUGAGGCUAUCAUAAUCUGGCAUUAAAGAAAAUGGUUCAGCUGUCAAUCUUUAAAAGUGCAGAGUAUCAUGUAGUGCUUUUCAUCCAAUGACUUCUAAAUAACCAUUCUAAACAGAGUCAACAUCAGUGGGAUUGUACCCAUUUUUGUACAUGGGUAAACUGAGGCACUUGUAGCUGGCCUGUAUCCAGUGGAUCCUCUGGAUAGAAUGCUGGACUGGAACUCAAAUCUGAGUUCUGUUCCUGGCUCUGGGUCCUUGGGGGUUCCACUGAUUGGAGUCUUUCCAGAGCACAUUUCUGGUGUCUAACUUCGUAGUCAUGGCUUCUUCUGAUAUUCAGGUGAAGGAGCUGGAAAAGCGUGCCUCUGGGCAGGCAUUUGAGCUGAUACUCAGUCCUCGUUCAAAAGAAGCAGUCCCAGAAUUUCCCCUCUCCCCUCCAAAGAAGAAAGAUCUUUCACUGGAAGAAAUUCAGAAGAAGUUGGAAGCUGCAGAAGAGAGACGCAAGUCUCAUGAAGCAGAAGUCUUGAAGCAAUUAGCUGAGAAACGAGAGCAUGAAAAAGAAGUGCUUCAGAAAGCAAUUGAAGAAAAUAAUAACUUCAGCAAAAUGGCAGAAGAGAAGCUGACCCACAAAAUGGAAGCUAACAAAGAAAACAGAGAGGCACAAAUGGCUGCUAAACUGGAGCGCUUGAGGGAGAAAGACAAGCAUAUUGAAGAAGUACGAAAGAACAAAGAAGGCAAAGAACCUGGUGAGAACGAAACUGACUAACUUCAUUCUGGAAAAUGACUCUCCACCUCCCUUAAAUAUCCAAAGACUGUAUUGGCCAGUGGGUUUUUUUGUUGAAUUAUUAGAAAACUGAUGUAGAGCUGGAUAGUUAGAUCCAAACUGUAUACUUGCUUUGGGGACUAAAGGGGAGAACUUACAUGUUUCACUUUUUCUAAAGUGUUGUCUUUCCAGUGUAGCUAUCUUCUUGUUGCAUCCUUUUCUACUCCAGUGCACUUGCUACUGGGCUGAUGGCUGGUACUGUAUAAGCUCUGUAAGACAUGUUUGUGAAAGGAAUAUGUACUAUACUAUUCCAUGCUGAAUGUUACACUUCAAAAUCUGACUCUGUCCCAGCCUCAUAAGAUACUACUGUAACUGACUGACUUAAUAAAGCUGCACCGUGCUAUUAUCACAAGUGAAUUAUUUCUGGAACUGGUAUGACAAUACAUUAACAAAAUCCAACUUUAUAGAUGACUCUGUCUAAAAACAGACCUCCUUUAAAGAAAAGCCUGAAGCAGCACUUUCUCUUACACCCAGCUACUGGAUAUACUGUAUGACAUCCUUCUUGCUAGAGCUAUCUUCAUUGUCUAAAUCUUACAAUAAGAGCUUUGUUGCAGCACCUCAGCAGUUGUCAGCUGUUAUGGUUCUUGUUUAAACAAUUCAGAACCACCUCCCUCUGGACAUUGAUACUUCAACAAAUAAAUCCUUGUUACCACA